AUGGAGACUCAUAUGGAGCAACGGGUACCUUGGCAAAAUUCUGAAGAAUUUCUUAUAAUGUAUAAAAAUAAUGUCCCUGAAGCAGUUUCUCGAUAUAAAGAUAUAAUUAAAAAGUUUGCUCUUUUUAAUUCAUGGCCUGAUUCAAAAAAACGAGAAAUUCUUAGUCAAUUUGAAAUGUCCUCACAUCAAAUGUCUUAUCAUUUCCCAUUGGAUAUGCUAGAAAAUUUUAUUCAAUUUCUAGCAAAAACGGCAACUAUACAUGUUGGGCAUACAACACCAAUUUUGACACAACUUGUUUCAUAUUUGACUCCUGUUGUCACUGAUAAUAUAAACAAUAGUGGUGUUGUUGGUCCUUCUAAUGAACAUCAAGAAAAAGUAUUUUAUUAUAUUCACAAGGCUAUUAAAGAUAUGAAAGUCAGGAAAAAUUAUUACUGGUUAUUGGAUAUAUUUAAUGUACUUAUUGAAAAAUUUGUUGGACUGGAUAUUUGUGUUACAAAUGACACUGUUAUUGAAAAAAAUAAUGGUUUUUUGUUAAAUUCAAUUUUUACUCUUGCUGUAAACAAUGAUAAAGAAAAAACAGAAUAUGAAAAAGAAUAUCCUCCUUUAAGUAACAAUAAUUUAAGCAAUACACUUGAUUUAUGUUUAUUAUUAUUAUUAAAUUAUAUUUCACAACCAUUUGAUAUUAAUAUUUUGGAUAGUGAAAACAAAGAAAUAGAAUGGGGUGAAUCAUUUGUAAGAAAUACAGAAACAGAUUUAGCAGCAUUGAUAAUGCCAUCAUUUAUACAACAUGUUGUUCCACAUUUUGGUUUGAAAAAUGUACCAUUUAUAUAUUUCUAUGCAUGUGGAAUUCAUCCUCCUUCUAGAACAACAAUUUUAACAGAAUUAUGGAUUUUAUUCCUUAACAAUCAAUCUGUUAAUACAAAUAAUAUUGCACAUAAUGCAUGUUUUUAUUUGUCUGAUCUUAUAACAAGAUUAGAGAAUUUCUCUAUAAGUACAUGUAUGAAAGUUCUUCGAGAAAUGGCAAAUUGGAUUCAUGGAUAUAUUGAAAGAUAUGAUGAUAGAAAUUUUGAAAAAACUGCUGGGUACCCUCAACAUAGUUGUUUUUAUGUAAUUGUUCAAUCAAUGUUAUAUAUUUUCUGUUACCGUUACAGAGAAUUUGUUGAUAGUGACUAUUUAGAUGAUAUUGCAAAAUUAGAUGUAUCAAAAAUUAUUUUUUGUUCUUUACACCCUUUGGAAUUUAUUGAUCCAGAAAUAUCUGUAUCAUUUUCUGUUGUUGCCAAGUUACUUCAACUAGAAUAUUGUUCCCAUCUAAUUUCAUCUUCUUCUCGAACAAAAUCUAUUUUUGAAACACAAUUUCCAUUUUCUUCAUUAAAUCUUCCACAUUGUUCAAAAUAUUUUGAGAAAUAUUUUAGACAUUUUACACCAAUUGAAGAAGAAGCAUCAAUGUUAAUAGACUCAAUUAAUGCUUCCUUCCAAUCAGUAAAAUCUUGUCGUAUCGGUGACAAUAAUACAAUGGAUGAAUACAUGUUUUUGGAUGAUACAGAUGGUAUUUCUAACAAUUUAGCAUUGAAAUUUUAA